CAUCAGGUGUCGCAGGUCUGUUCGGCCUUCAACUAGGUUUUAUCUUGCAAUGGAAAAAGGCACGAAAUGUUCAGAAUAGAUUGGCCAAGUUUUUGUAUAAACAUCGAAGGUUAGUCCUGAUCGUGUCAACUGAUAGCUACAUGUAUACAAAUUUUACAGUAUAUAAGGUUUUACAAAUUCCAAGUCCAUAUCGUCAAAGACAGAUCCAGAGUGAUUAUGGCGCUUUUAGCAAAGCUCCUGAUUGCGUGCAUUGUUAGGUAGCUUGUCGGCAACAGAGAAUGAUGAUUCUCAGACUUUAUCAUUUUCGAAACAAGAAUUGACUUCUGUGAUAGAUAAACUUGUACGUGACGUAUGGCCGAGAUAGAAUCUAGACUUAAACAAGAAAAUUCAGAUCUGAAACAUGAAAUUUCUGUUUUUAAAACAGCCGACGAAGUUUUAAAAUCUAGACUUGAAAGAUCAGAAGUAGAAAACAGACAUUUGAAAUCCAAAGUUGAUUCCAUAGAGAAAGAGAUAGACAUACUAAAAUCUGCCGCAUCACUAACAUCGUUUGACCACCCAGAAAAUGAUACCAAAGUGGACAAGGACUUCCGAAGAGUUGCUCCAUACCAUCCCCCUGCUCCACAAUCGGCAUUCAAAGCCAGGCUGACUCACAAACUUACCAAUGUUGGUUCCGAGCAGAUUAUUCCGUUUGACCUCGCUGAGAUUAACAUCGGUAACCAAUAUAACCCUACCACUGGUGUUUUCACUUGUGACAUUCCUGGUCUGUAUGUGUUUCAUUUAACCUUGACAAUAUAUAGCGACAAAUAUGUCGAACUACGGUUAUAUAAAAAUGGUCAAUCAAUGCACUACGUUUACGUUGGUAACAAAGGGUACCUUGGUUCUGAAUCAACGACAGCUUUAAUUCAGCUUGACCAGGGCGACACCGUGUUGAUAAAGAGUGAUCAGUACCACUCUACAGGAGAUCUCAUCUAUCCAGGCUACAGCUACUUUUCCGGGUUCCUUCUUUAUCCUAGAAUUCAAAACUGAGAUGUUAAACACAAGCACGGAUACAUAGAUACCUUGGUUCUAAACUUGUUGCCUAUGUAAAUAAA